AUGUCCAGAGUUAAGAGAAUCGCCAAAGAAUUGGAAGAGUGUAGGCAAGAUACUCAAAGUGGAGUUGAUUUGAAAUUGAAUAAUGAAAAUGAUUUAACCCAUUUAACGGGUUAUUUCAAAGGACCUCCAGGAACUCCUUAUGAAGGUGGUAAUUUCCAAAUUGAUAUUACUAUCCCUAAUGAAUACCCUUUUAAACCACCAAUAAUGAAAUUUAUUACCAAAAUUUAUCAUCCAAAUAUCUCUUCUGUUACCGGAGCCAUUUGUUUAGAUAUCUUGAAAGAUGCUUGGACUCCAAUUUUAACAUUAAAAUCAUCAUUGAUUUCCUUACAAUCAUUAUUACAAUCUCCUGAACCUAAUGAUCCUCAAGAUGCUGAGGUUGCCAAACAUUACUUGAAUGAUUUAGAAGGGUUCAAAGGUACUGCUGCUUAUUGGACUAAAAUGUAUGCUAGUGAAUCAGUCGAUACUCAAGUUAAUGACUCAGCAUUAUAUGGAAUUGAUAAUGAGAUUGUUGAACAAUUUGAAAAUAUGGGUUUCCCAAGAGAUAAAACCAUUGAUGUUUUAAGAAGAAUGGGUAUUAAGAACUUUAAAGGGGUUAGUGAUAAGAGUGAAACCGAAAAUAAGAUUUUAGAGGAACUUUUAAAAGAGUGUCAAUAA